AAUUCGAUUAAUUCAAAUCUCUUGGAGAGGAAAGCUGCUCAAAGUACUGGAAAGUCUAAAUCAUUUGAAAAAAGAGGGAAUGAGUCCCACGAGCCAUAUGAAGAGGAAGAGACGGAAUUAUACGAGGACGAUGAAAGUGAAGGAAGUGGCACCCAAAAAGUUGGUUCUGAGGAAGAAGAAAGAGAUCAAGAAAUAGAUCAUGAAGAAGUUGAAAACCAAAAUGCGGUAGAAAUAGAUAACUCCUCCUUCGGUCCUGGUCUUUCAGAAUAUUGCCGCCUACUUUGUCCUGCAGGCCUAUGUCCUGAGUGUAGUCAACCAGUGACGGGUACUUGGAAUCUAAGUAUGGCAUGCUCUGUCGACCCAGAAAUUGGAUAUCAUUCAUCAGGCAAGCCAAGCUGGCUCCGCCAACAGACGCAUCCAGAAGCUGGCACUAGUAGUAGUAGCACGUCAACCUUCCCUCCGGUUUCGGCUGAUAUACAAAUGCCACUACUGUUGCCAGACGACCUUACUGUGAGUGUAUCAAAUGGCAGCCUUCGUCCUAGCCAAACUCAAUCCAGAUUUGAACAAAGUCCGGCCAAUUUGAAACUCUGUGAAAUAUUGGGGGACAAUAGGACCGCAUCACUUGGUCCCCCGACCAGCUCUAGUCAGCUUUUUUCUAUAACCUCCGCUGCCUGCUCAAGGACUGACUUUGUUAACCCGCUGUCAGUUUUAUAUUGCUCUGCAGCCUCACUUAGAUGA